AUGGAUCGACCACCUCAGACUCUCUACACCCCUCCACCCCAGAGAUCUGCUGUACAAGAAGAAAUGCGCGAAGACGUUCUCGACGAUAGCUUCGACGAUAGCUUCGCUGACGAGACUCCCCAAAGCUCGGCAUCAGACCACGAGGAGGAAGUUCAGCCCGCAGAAGUCAAAGACGAACUCCCCGCCGAGGUCCCCGACUACGAUAUCACCAUGCUCGCCCUCGCCGCCCUGCAAGUCGAUUACGGAGAGACCUUUGCGGACUUGGAUGUCCCAGUAGCCGAAGCUUUCGCCCAACGUAAAGCUCUGAAGCACGAGAUGGGAAUCGAAUACCACCGCAUGGUCACCACCGCUAUCAAAGCCUUCCACAGCCGCACUCGAUGCCCAAACUGCAAGCAGACCCCUAUCACCAUCGAUUACUUUGCCAUGAACCAUAGUAUGCCAAAGGGAGCUUGGGCCCAGUGGAGACAGCUGUGCAAGAAGAUGGAGCAGCAGAGACCGGAGAUCUUGGAUGAGCAGGAGUGGAUCGAGUUUUUGGGGGAGAUGAAGACAAUCGAGAUGUGGUACUGGGAGGACAACACAGCAAGCGUUGAAUGUGGCCGAGUCAGCUGGAACGGCAACUUCGCACCAGAUCCUCUUUUGGAUUUAGAAGAUGAUGGUAGUUUGAUUCCAGUCAAGACCCCGUCGGCUCAUCUACCUCGCUCAUAUGGCAAGGCCUUUGCUCGACAUGGAAAGGCGACCUGA